CCACCAUCCACCCUCACAUGACCACCAGCAACAAAACCACCCAAACCCCACACGAACCAUGGCUCCCAAGGACGCGGUAGACAUCCCCUCCUUCGCCGCAACCCAGCUCGCCCUCCUAGAAGCCGAGCUCCAAUCCGAGCUGUCAGAAACCUCGUCCCUGAUCUCCAAUGCCUCUCCCACAGCUCUCCAAAAGGCCGGCCUCGCCAUCACGAACCUUUCCCUCUCAUCUCAGAGGACAGGAUUAGGCGGUAAGACGGUGGUUGAGCUUGGCCCGGACUCUGCUACGGCAAGCAAGGAUGGCGAGUUGGCGGAGCAUGGUGUCAGGACGGGGGAUAUUGUUGUUGUGAGUGAGAUGCCGAGUGGGAGUGCGAGGAAGAGGGAGGUCAUGGAGUUGGAGAGUAAGGGGUCCAGAGGCGUGGUUACGAGAGUGGGGAGUAAGGCUGUUUGGGUUGCGCUGGAUGAGAGGGAAGGGGAAGAGGGGGUUGGGGGAAAGAGACUUUGGUUGGUGAAGUUGGCGAACGAUGUUACUUAUAAGAGGAUGAAUCAGACGAUGCAGCGAUUACAGAAGAUGAAGUCGGAUGAGUACUCAAGCUUUGUCAGGGUUCUAUUUGGACUCACCACUCCUUCACCUGUCUCGGGAGAUCUCGUUGAGGGAAAGGAGGUUGAGUGGGUUGAUCCGAGUCUCAAUGAUUCUCAGAAAGAUGCUAUCAGAUUUGCGUUGACUUCGAAAGAAGUUGCCCUCAUCCACGGACCACCAGGAACUGGAAAGACUCAUACAUUGAUCGAAUUGAUUCUACAGAUGCUGAAGCAGAAUCUACGAGUUCUUGUUUGUGGGCCUUCCAACAUUUCAGUAGACAAUAUUGUCGAACGUCUGGCCCCACAUAAGAUAUCAAUUGUCCGACUUGGGCAUCCGGCACGUCUGUUGCCUUCGGUGCUGAAUCAUUCCCUGGACGUUCUCACCCAGACAUCGGACGCUGCUGCCAUUGUCCAAGAUGUCAGAAAGGAGAUGGACACGAAACAAGCCUCAAUCCGCAAGACGAAAAGUGGACGGGAAAGAAGAGAGAUCUAUGGCCAAAUCAAGGACCUUCGAAGAGAGUUCCGGGAGAGAGAAAAGAAAUGCAUUAGUACCUUAAUAGGAAGCAGUAAGGUGGUGCUCGCCACGCUUCAUGGUGCAGGAGGGUUUCAGACGAAAGAUGAAGUAUUUGAUGUUGUGAUAAUUGACGAGGCUAGUCAAGCACUAGAGGCCCAGUGCUGGGUCCCUCUUCUGAGAGCAAGCAAAGUUGUUCUUGCCGGAGACCACCUUCAGCUGCCACCUACCAUCAAGUCUCUGAAUUCGAAGACCACCAAAGCGAAAACGAGAGACUCGGAAGAACUCGUUAAAGGGAUGACUCUCGAAACUACGCUUUUCGAUCGACUACUACGUCUUCAUGGACCCGGCAUCAAGAGAAUGUUAACUACUCAAUAUCGAAUGCACGAAAAGAUCAUGAGGUUUCCCUCAGACGAGUUAUACGAGUCAAAAUUGGUAGCAGCAGAUGCAGUGAAGGCCCGACUUCUGAAGGAUUUGCCCUAUGAAGUAAAAGAGACUGAAGAUACCACCGAACCUCUGAUUUUUUUCGACACACAAGGUGGCGAUUUUCCCGAGAAGAACGAAGAGGAAGAGGUUGACAAGAAAGCUGGCAAGGGUAUGAUGGGGGAGAGUAAGAGCAAUGAGAUGGAGGCCGCGCUGGUGAAGCAGCAUGUGCGCAAUCUAGUCGACGCAGGUGUGAAACCAGACGACAUCGCAAUUAUCACACCAUAUAAUGCCCAGCUUGCUCUGAUGUCUCGUGAGAUGAAGGAAGCGUUCCCCGGCAUUGAAUUAGGAAGUGUAGACGGAUUCCAAGGUAGAGAGAAAGAAGCAGUGAUUGUGAGCCUCGUCAGAAGCAAUGCUCAGCACGACUGUGGGUUCGUCGCCGAGAAACGGAGACUCAAUGUCGCCAUGACCAGGCCCAGGCGCUCCCUCACUAUCAUUGGCGACUCUGAGACACUGCAAGGCAGCAAGUUUCUCAAGCGUUGGAUGGAGUUCUUAGAGGAAGGAGAUCUUCGAUAUCCAUCGGCGUCAGCGUUGAAUUCGCAAUAACUUUCGGGCCGCACCCUUCGAUGCCUUUAACCUGCUAAUGCGAUACUCGGAGCAUCUUGCCGUAGAUUAAUAGUACGCCAUGCCUGCUGAUAAUGCGAAGAUUGGACCUCCGCAGCUGCCACGCGGAGCCAGGGGUUCCAUCCAUCAGACGAAUGACGAACGUGGGCCCCUGGGUGAAACACCUGGAAACAAGCGACGGGUUUGUAUCGAUAGCAAUAAUCGACGACGUUGUCGGUCUGGAUUCCGAGGAGUAGGGUUUGACAUCAAGGAGGUGAAGGACGAUGAAGCGUAUUAGUAACACAGUCACCAUCAGGAAGCAAGAGAGAGAGACGUGCACAAACG